CUGUCAAAACCUCACUGCAAGUUGCACACUGUGGUUAGCGUCUUUGCACCUGACAGUAGCACAAGCUACAAGCUAACCAUGGCUGGCAAAAGGGCGUUAGUGAUCCUGUCUAAGGGUGCAGAGGAGAUGGAGACUGUUAUUCCCGUGGACAUCAUGCGCAGAGCUGGGAUUGCAGUGACGGUUGCAGGACUGACGGGCAAGGAGCCAGUCCAGUGCAGCAGAAAUGUCGUCAUCUGUCCUGAUGCCAGCUUGGAGGAGGCCAGCACACAGGGCCCGUACGAUGUGGUGCUACUGCCAGGAGGGAUGCCAGGGGCCCAGAAUCUGGCCGAGUCUCCUGCUGUGAAGGAGGUGCUGAAGAAUCAAGAUGGCAGAAAAGGCCUGAUUGCAGCCAUCUGUGCAGGUCCCACUGCUCUACUGGCACAUGGCAUCGGGUAUGGCAGCACAGUCACCACACAUCCUGCCAUGAAGGAGAAGAUGAUGGCUGGAGACCACUAUAAAUAUUCAGAGGCUCGAGUACAGAAGGACGGACAUUACAUCACCAGCCGUGGGCCAGGAACCAGUUUCGAGUUUGCCCUGACGAUUGUAGAGGAACUUAUGGGGGCUGAGGUUGCAGCUCAAGUCAAGGCUCCUCUUGUUAUGAAAGACUGACUGUAGCCGCGUUCACUUACAUCCUGCAAGCAGCACUGCCCGCCAUACAAGUCUUGCACUACUGAGACAGCUAAUUCAAUGUGGCUGGCACAGAGAGUCAAAGUCACUAGUGACAAAUCAUUCUCCCUAGGGGACAUAAGGAUGCUUCUGUCCUGACAGGUUAUUGUCUUCCUUUUGUCUUUUUUGGUAGGCAGUGAAAGGCACUCAUUUGUUAUUUAACAAAGAAAUAUUGAAUAAGAGGGUUUCCAUGAGAUUUAUUUUGUUGCAUCAUAGUUUCCCAGAGAUUGCUCAUCAUUCUAACAGCUUUCACUCGAUAUUAAAACAUUAAUGUGA